GGAUCGACCCAUUUUAUAUUUUUUAAAAUAUUGUAAGUAGGCAUUAAGAAUAAUAUAAGUAGACAUUUACAAUAUCGAAAGUAGACAGUAAAGAUACGAUAAGUAAGUAUUAAGAAUAAUGUAAGUAGACAUUAAAAAUACGGUAAGUUGGCAUUAAUCUUAAUGCGCUGAGCUUGAGAUACGUUUCUUAGAGAGACGUUCCCUCAAGAGACUAGUUGUCUAUCUAAAUACAAUUAAAUUAUCUUUUUAACCCUAUUUACUAUCUAAAAUUAGUGCAUCAUAAAAUGCACAUUUGGUUAGAUUGAGAAAAGUAUUUUUUUUUUCUAAAUUUGGAACUUAAAAAAUAAUUUUUUCCAAGCACUUUAUCAAAUCAAACUUACCCUACCGUUGAUUUAUCGUUGUUGACCAAAGUUAUUCCGUGAGCCUUCAAUUAUACUUUUAUUAUCUAACAAAACUCAUCACAUUUUCUAUUUCUUAGUGCUCGAAGGAUUUUUAGGACGCUAUCGUCUAAAUGCUCCCCUAUCAAACCCCCACCGUCUCUUCCAUAAUGGGCAAGUUAAAUUCACCCAGGAGCAGUGAUUUCUCGAAACUUUCCAUGGUUUUGAAACAGAAUAAUGGGCCAACAAUGAAAAUACCGCAUGUGUUGACGGUGGCGGGUUCGGAUUCGGGUGGUGGUGCUGGUAUACAAGCAGACUUGAAAGCUUGUGCUGCCCUUGGGGUUUAUUGUUCUACUGUCAUCACUGCUGUUACGGCCCAAAAUACUGUUGGGGUUCAGGGUGUUAACAUAUUACCGGAGGAUUUUAUGGCUGAGCAAAUGAAAUCUGUGCUUUCAGAUAUGGAAGUUGAUGUGGUAAAGACGGGUAUGCUUCCCUCUAUUGGUAUGGUCAAAGUCCUCCUCCAAUCAAUCAAGGAGUGUCCUGUUCAAGCUUUGGUUGUGGAUCCUGUGAUGGUAGCAACCAGUGGAGAUGUGCUUGCUGGUUCAUCUAUUUUACCUGUAUUCAGGGAAGAGUUACUUCCUAAGGCUGACUUAGUAACACCAAACUUAAAAGAAGCCUCAUUAUUGCUCGGGGGCCUGCACCUGGAAACAGUUGCUGAAAUGCGGUCUGCUGCAAAAUUAAUUUAUGAUAUGGGCCCACGAAAUGUGCUCGUGAAAGGUGGUGAUCUUCCAGAUUCAGUGGACGCAGUUGAUGUAUUCUUUGAUGGAGAAAGGCUGUAUGAGUUUGCUUCUGCACGCAUUAGUACCCGUAACACUCAUGGAACUGGUUGCACAUUGGCAUCAAGUAUAGCAGCUGAGUUAGCCAAAGGUCUGCCUAUGCUUUCAGCUGUUAAGAUUGCUAAACGCUAUGUUGAGACUGCCUUAACUUAUGGAAAAGACAUGACCAUUGGUAGAGGACCUCAAGGCCCCUUUGAUCACAUGUUGAAACUUAAAGGUACAACACCUCGUGCUUUCAGUCCAGCAGAUUUAUUCCUUUACGCUGUUACUGAUUCUGGGAUGAAUGAGAAGUGGGGCCGUUCUAUCACUGAUGCUGUUAAAGCUGCGAUAGAAGGAGGGGCAACAAUGAUUCAACUCAGGGAAAAGAACAUGGAAACAAGGGACUUCAUUGAAGCAGCCAAAGAGUGUAUCAGCAUUUGCCAUUCAAAAGGAGUUCCUUUCCUGAUAAAUGACAGAGUUGACGUAGCUCUGGCUUGUAAUGCUGACGGCGUGCACGUUGGUCAGUCUGACAUGCCAGUAUCCGUUGUACGUUCUCUUCUUGGACCUGAAAAGAUAAUCGGUCUUUCAUGCAAGACACCAGAGCAAGCACACAAAGCAUGGGUCGAAGGGGCUGAUUAUAUUGGUAGUGGCGGCAUUUUUCCAACCAACACUAAAGCAGAUAAUCAGACCAUAGGUUUGGAAGGCCUGAAAGAAGUUUGUUUAACAUCUAAAUUACCUGUCGUUGCAAUCGGUGGUAUAGGGAUGUCAAAUGCUCAUUCUGUUAUGACAAUAGAUGCUCCAAAUUUGGCAGGCGUUGCCGUUGUCUCGGCCCUCUUUGAUGCUGAAUGUGUUGAAUCAGCAACAAAAAGUUUGCAUGCUUACCUGAGCCAGACCGUUCAAACGAAAAAGUAGGGAAGAACAACCAUCAUGGAAAUUCUGCAAUUCUUUGUCUUUUUACGUUGCUAUUCUUAGAAGUUAGAACUACGAGCAAUUGUUUCAUUUAAAAUUUUGAGUUUCAGUCAUCUAAUAAGUUUGUAAUGGUUUGUUCAACAGGCAACACGAAACCUUUGGUCGGUCACUUGAGGAAUAAUUUUUUGUAUGAUGAAUAAUAAUAAAUCAUCGUUCGAUCUUUUCA